CCGUCGCGCUCUCACCGUGUGGGCAGUCGCAUUGUGAUACGAAGAAGGCGCGUCGAGCCCAGCAUCUUGCGGUCAGGUCAUAUAGCAUUGCCCGGGGUCAGAUCAUGAGUCCCACCCUCUUGCUUCCCUCCUGCAACGUGUGGGGCCUCGGCGACGUACUCGCGGCAGCCAUGACACGCGUUGUGUGGUAUCUGACCGCGUUCUGCGCGUCGUUGAACGUGUUUCCAAACGGUGGCGCGAUCACUGGUGUCCUGGGACAGCAUAAUGAUGGAAUAUACUUGCUGGGACUUGGAACGGGAGACAUCACUGGUCCGGUCGUCGAGACGAACAUGAUGGGAUAUGCCUCGCUCGCCCAGACCGACACUGGUCUUCACAUGCGCCAGCGCAGCCGUGCCUUCAUCGUCGCAGACGCGUCCUCCCCGAAUGACCGCAUCCUCUUCAUCAACUCUGACAUCGCCAUGGGCGACACGGGCGUCCGUCGGCAGAUCGUCAAUCGUUUGGAGGCACUGUACCCUGGCGUGUACACGAACCAGAACAUCGCGCUAGUCGGCACACACCAGCACUCCGGCGUCGGCGGCUACCUCGAGAACCUGCUCCCCCAGAUCACCGCGCUCGGCUACGUCAAGCAGACCGCGCAGGCCAUCGUCGACGGCACCGUGCUCGCCGUACAGCGCGCGCACGAAAGCCUCGCGGAGGGUAAGCUGAGCGUCGGCAACACAACCAUCACGGACGCGAACCGCAACCGCUCCCCGACUGCGUAUCUUGCGAACCCCGCUGAAGAGCGCGCGCGGUAUGAGUACGACCAGGACAAGGACAUGUCGCUUCUGCGGUUCGACGACUCUGACGGCAACGCGCGCGGGCUGUUGAGCUUCUUCGCGGUGCAUGGCACCAGCAUAUACGAGAAUAACACUCUGAUCAGCACUGACAACAAAGGGAUGGCCGCCUACCUGUAUGAAGCUGCAGUAGAGCCGGGCGCGAUGCCGGGCAAUGCGACGUUUGUGGCAGGUUUCACCCAAGCCAACGUCGGCGACACUAGUCCUAACACGGAAGGCGCAUUCUGUGAGAGCCCUGGGAAGGAGUACGACGGUCUGCCAUGCGAAGAGGACCACUCCACCUGCGGCGGCACAGUACAGGAUUGCCACGGCAGGGGACCGGGAUUCCGCAUUUCCGACUAUGAAUCGAACCGCAUCAUUGGCCAGAAGCAAUACGACGGCGCGCGCGCGAUCAUGGAGGGCUCGCGGUCGGCAGUCAGCGGCGCCGUCAGGAGUGUGCAUGUUUACCUGAACAUGGCGAACCACUCGUUUGCAUUGCCCAAUGGCACGGAAGUGCAGACGUGCCCUCCAGCAAUGGGGUACGCAUUCGCCGGUGGAACGACCGAUGGUCCUGGUGCCUUCGACUUCAUCCAGGGCGACAACUCCUCGGAGCCACAGAAUCCGUUCUGGGAGCUCGUCAAAGGUGCCAUCACGCCGUACCCCUCUCAAGCGCAGAUAGAUUGCCAGUACCCUAAGCCCAUUCUGCUCAACACUGGAUACGCCGAUACGCCUUACAGAUGGUCCCCGCAUACUGUUGACAUUCAAAUGCUCCGAGUAGGAAACUUCGUGAUGCUCAUCAUGCCAGGCGAGCUUACCACGAUGGCGGGACGCAGAAUUAGGGAGGCCCUUCGCUCGGAGCUCAUCGCAUCAGGUGUUCUGGGCGAGGAUGCGUAUGUAGUCGUCGCCGGGCCGGCCAAUACCUACGCCCACUAUGUGACCACCCGCGAAGAGUAUGGUGUGCAGCGAUACGAAGGCGGCUCGACUAUCUUUGGCCAAUACACGCUCGAGGCUUACAUCGACAAGUACUCAAGCUUGGUCCCGUACCUCGCUGACGAUGUCAACGGCACGCCUGAAACCGACGAGGCGCCCUCUGACCUCACGAAAAGCGCCAUCUCGCUCCAGACGGGCGUGGUUUACGAUUCCCCAGGCAUAGGUCACAAAUACGGCGACGUGUUGGCGGACGUCGGCUCUUCGUAUUCAGCGGGCGAUACGGUCACCGUGCAGUUCGUUGGGGCCAAUCCCAGAAAUAACUUGCGGCUCGAGCAGACCUUCCUUUCCGUCGACCACUCGGACGGUGGCAAGUGGAAAGCGGUCAGGUCGGACUCCCAUCCAUCUACCAAGUACGAAUGGGUUCGGACGAGCACUAUCCUGGGGACCAGUAGUGUCAACAUAUCAUGGACUAUCGAGGACGGCACGGCAGCCGGCACUUAUCGUAUUGCUUACUUCGGCGACGCUAAAGCUGCUGGGAGCGGCGCCAUCUCCUCGUUCACCGGGCAUUCUUCCAACUUUACGAUUGUCUAACGACCUCUCUCACUUACGACCCUCCCUUUGUACUUCUCGUUCUGGAAAUGCAUUUAUUUGUCUUCGCUUCGGUUCUAUUCGCAUGCAACUUUGGUU